CUUACUGAUAUCUGUAGAAUUAUUCUUCCAUUAUCUUAAAGCAUAAAUGUGUGAAGUGUACUACGCUUUGUUGAGUAUGAUUAAAUGCCUGUACGUUUGUUCAUUAGAAUGCUGGAGCCGUAUCAGCCCAAAUUUCAGCAGCAACACAGGCAAAGUUGCGCGCUCGCCGACAACACUGCUACAGUGACGUCACAUCACCGAGCGUCUCUCUCGCGUGGCUGCGUGUCAUACGACUGCGGCGCCGGUUUCCCUCCUUACCAACCUUGUGGCUACCUAGCUCACCGACCAAGACAGAACUCAGUAUUCGUGGGGAGUAUGGGUGGAAUGGCGUUGAUACCAGAAAGUCCACCGCGCCGGUCCCGCUCAGCUGCAGACUUACCAGCGUUGGUGCCACCAUCAGACGCCACCCAUUCCACCACCAGAUCUUCAAGAGCUGCCAGCCUCCACAGCGCGGUUGACCUUCGCGUGUGCGCCCCUUCGCCCAGGACCUCGAGAGCUGCCAGUCUACAUUCAGCGGUGGACAUGCCUCCAGGGUCGGUACAAGUGCACGUCAGGGGUUCAGUCACAAAUCUGAACAGGCCAAAGAGCCCUAGACGGCUUACUAUAACUAAUGUUUGAAUG